CACAGCUGACGUCAGGCCCUGUGCUAGGAGGGAAGAGGACUGGCCACGGGUCAUAAGAGAGUUGGGACUGAGUUAGAAACAUCGACCAACAAGGAAACAACGUCGAAAUGAGGUUUGCUGUGGUUUUGCUCAGUGUCUUUGGACUGUGUAUCAGUCUCUCCUCAGGAACACAAGUGGGUCUGCAGGACAAGGUCCUGGUCUUCCCAUAUGAGACAGACUUCAGCUUUGUGGCCCUGAUCCCGCAGAAGGAGAUGGGGCUGACGGCCCUCACACUCUGCAUGCGUGUGGCCAGUGAGCUGCCAGAGGAGCGGCAGAUCAUCCUGUUCGCCUACCGCACGGCCGACUACGAUGAACUCAACGUGUGGCGUGAGAAGGACGGCCGCAUCUCCUUUUACAUGAGCGGUGACGGCGCCUUCUUUCACCUGCCGCCCCUCACCACCUUCCGCACCAGCCUUUGCCUGACCUGGGAGUCUCGCACCGGCCUCGCUGCAUUCUGGGUGGAGGGCAAGCGAAGCACCUACCAGGUCUACAAACCUGGCCACACCAUCCGUCCACAAGGCACCAUCCUCCUGGGGCAGGACCCCGACAAGCACCUGGGGGGUUUGGAGGCCGUGCAGAGCUUCGUCGGGGAGGUGACCGAUCUGAACAUGUGGGACUAUGUGCUCUCUAGGAGCACGAUCCAGGCCUGGCACUAUGGGCACAAGGUCCCCAAGGGAAACAUCUUUGACUGGGCCACUAUCGAGUACGAGCUGAACGGGAACGUGAUGGUGGUGGACGACGACUGACUCGGGGUGGAGCUGAUUGCCGAGCGGGAUGAAGCUUUAGAGGUGUGUUUUGGACGGAUUGUGACGAGUGUGGUUUUCUUCCUUAGAUUCACUGUUGUUUAAUGUCAGGACCCUUCAACGGUUACUCCUAAAAGAACUCAAAUUGAGAGCAGGAGUGUUUGGGAUAUUCAGUAUCUCCCUAUAACUACAUAGUCGCUUCUAUCCAUUCACCUGCAAUAUGCAGUAGUAACCAAAUCCAGUACUUUGUCGUGCACAGAAGUCAGAUGUCAGCGGUUUUACAUCUUAAUGCGUCACUAGAAUAUUUAGCUACAUGUUAACUCAAUUAAUGAUGUCUAAUUCAGCAUGUUUUUAAGUUCCACUAGUCGCUCUUUGUAUCGCAAAGCUUUAUCCUCGGACUGCUGUGGGAACGGACAAAAUCAAGAACAAAACGUUGAUGUGCCAGAUGUAUCCAUUGGGUGGCAGUCUGCACUAGUUCGCAUCAAACAGAAACUUGUUUCAAACUGAGCUUCAUUGCACAUGCAUCCACAAAUAAAUGAUUUAAAUGUUAAGGGAACAAAAAACGUUUGAUUGCUACAAUUCAAAUAGAUUUGAUUUUGCAGAGCAUUUAGAUUUUGUAGAUCAUUUUAAACGAAACAUUUGCCAACAGCAAAUUGAUAAGAUUUAAUCUUGCAUCGGCAAUAACACCAUAUUGCAUUUAAAAGCAAAUCACAACUGACUUGAGACAUGACACCUUUAAACUAUCAGUUUAAAGAAAAUAAAAUAAAAAUGUUGCUUUGCAUACUGUAACAAAAACAAGCCUAUUUAAAACAAAUAGUUACCAUGCACUGAAAAUUUCUCAGCAUUAGUUUUUUUGCAGAUCAGUGAUAUUGACGACAAAAACCUGAACGAGACACUAAAAGCGGCGAACUGGAGGAUGCAUUAUUUCUACAGCAGACUUAAUGAUUUAACUGCAGCGAGAGACAAACAGCAAUUAUCAUGUUUGACAUCCAUAAAGUGGCCUUCGGUUACUGUGCCCGCUCAUGAAUUUUCCAUGUUUUAACUGAUGUAAGAUCGCUCUCGGGUCUGAAAUAAAAUCUUGCCAUGUGCAUAACUAAUAAUGUUUGUAAUUAAAGAGAACAUUCUGUCUUUGAA